ACUCCAGCUGUUAACUGUCAUUUACCCUGACAGUGACUGAUCAUAAUUAGAUCUCUGGGUCCUGGGAUUUUCAGGUGCAAACUGAAUUCCUAAAGUUAUAAGAUUAAAAAUCAUCAGUUUUUAGUUUCUGGAAAGACUAGGCUUGAGUGAUGGCUUCAUCAGAGUUAAGUUUAUCAGAUCGGCUAAAAAGAGCCAUGUACCUAAACUCUGUUCAUCCUCAUUUCUACGUUGGAGACCCUGACACUUAUCAGAGAGAACUAUCGAAACUACGAAUGACCACCAUGAAGGAAACGGUAAAAGAUAACUUAGAGGAGCUAUUUCGGGUACUAAACAUGGCCAAUAAAGAUCCAAACUUACCGAGACGAUCGGUAAUGUUUAAUUUCCUGGCUAAACUUUACUUGGAACAAUUUGAGCUUGGAGCAGAGCAAAAAUCCAAAGUGACAGGCAGAGUUUUGGAACUGGUGCAAACUGACGAGGAGUUUUUUACCUUUAUAAAGUACUACACAGACAUAAGCAAUAAAAGCAAGAUACCAUCAUCAAUAGAGAAAAUCGUGAGGAAGUUUUAUGAUAAUAAAACUCCGAUGGAGUUAGCAGAGUCAGUUUCCAAAAGUAACGGGUUUAAAGGUUGGUUACACAAGGACCUGAUCAAGUUGGGACACGUGAAGUCUGAAACACCUUUAAAGAAUGCUGUUAUAAAUUACAUUUUAACAAAGAAAGUUAGCGAUAAAGCAACUGACGAAGAGUUAGAAGUAUUACAAGUGUUAUUGAAAGCAGAUGAAUUAAGGCGAAGUAAAGAGCCUUUAAAUGCCCUUCCGAUAAUUGCUGCCUUUAAUUUUACAAUGGAGCAAGUGUCGACUAGUUUGCACCAAAAUGGAGAUGUUUGGAGUGUGGCCAUUCAAAACAUGACCAUUCAGCAAAUACUGCCACGUUUACUAAAACUUUACAAAUUGAACCUCUUAAAGCCCAAUACGACAGUGAGUAAUCACAUCAUUGACCUUUUCACCAGUUUGGAUAAAGUUAAGCUCAGCGGAGUGCAUCCGAUCGAAGUUUUCACUUAUUUAAAAAGGUUGGAAAAGGGCGGAAGGCCAAUGGAUGUAAAACUGGUCGCACACUUGCAAAAUGACAAAAAGUUUUCGGUCGAGGAGUUGAACAAGGCUCAAACUAGAAUUGAGGCUAAACCACCUCAUAUUAUUAAGGCUUUGUGGAGGUGCUUUGAGUUGGCAUGUAGCAAUGUUAUACCUACAAAUAAAAGAUAUUUGGUGACAAUAGACGUAACAGCGGAUGCCAAAAAAUUCCUGUGCCUCGGGAACAAGGUGCUCACCCUCCUAGAAGCGGCCGUAGCCUACGCCGUAGUUCUUUUAAGGGUGGAAAAAGACGUGGUGCUGGCGGCAUAUAAAGACGACAAAAUCGAUAUAAUAAACGUAGAAAAAAAAGUGUCGUUCGCCGAUUUACUGAGCAAAGUAAAUCCUCGGUCGAGCGCUUAUUCGACGCUUUUUGCCGGGGUCGAGUGGGCGUCAACGGAGAAGAAACACUUCGACGUGUUCGUCAGUUUUAUCCAUAACGGACACGCUCAGAAGGUGCCCAAGGAUAAGACGGUGGUUAAAGGAUGGGAACCGGUUAUCAAGUACAGGUCCAAGGUUAAUUUGCCGAAUGCCAAAUUCGUAAAAUUCGCUCCCGUACAAAGGGACGUGGUGGAAAUCGAUCCGCCGGUCAACAUCCUGGAAAUCUUCGGGUUCGACGUUUACGCUUGUAAGGCGGCCGAAUGUUUUUGCAAAGGAACGUUCUGUUAAUAAUUUCCCUUAUCCAGAGUUAACGUUUAACGAUUAUCAAUAACUUAUCAGAUCGUAAAAACUCAUCGGUACGUUUCUGGAUACGGUAAAUUUUAUGCUGAGAUAUUUUCUCCAUCCACAAAGAAGGUGUUCGAAUAGCAAGUAAGUAAUUAGUUAUAAGGGUUUAAUAAUGGUUACUUAUUGUUUAUGUCUUUUACUUGCAGUGCGGUCCAAAGGUCUUUUUUUCUAUUACAUUGUUCACUUUUGGACCGCGCUGUAUACUCUUAAGCCAGUAUUUAAUUAUCGGAAAAAAAAAAUAGAAAAAUUAACACGUGCCUUGUCAUAAAAAAUGUCGCAUUCUCUCUCUUUCUCUGGUUCUCGACGCGUUAUCCAAUCUCCAAUUUGUUUAAAAUGGCUGUGUGUUAUUACCUCAAUGUUUAUCAAAAUCUUCGAUCCCAAAAAUAACGCGUUCGAGAACGUUUUAACUUAAGUUCAUACAUUAAAUGGUAGGCAAGUAAUUAAUUAAUUAAUUAGGAGUCAUAAUCAUUAAAAUAAUCUUUUAAUUUAGUCGUGUAUAAGUGCUUUUAGCAGCUUAAAACUUAUUGUUUUUAGUUAGUAGUAGUAAUCUAAGCUCUUUUUUUUUAAAUGAACGUUAGCUCUCUGCUAUUAACUUUCAAUAGUCUCGGCAUUUUAAUAAUUUUGACUCGAGACUUUUGAAGGUUCUUCCGUUCAACAAAUGCGAAAUGAGUGUCGAUACAGUGUGUCCAGUAUUAAAAAGUGUCUUUUGUAUUUUAUUCCGAAAUACAGGCCACUAUAAAAGAGCUUUUUUUUUGAAUUUAUAGAUGUUUUCGAGAAUCGAUUGACAUCAUUGACGUCGAUAAUAAUAAUAAUAAUAAGUUUAUUCAAGAAAAUACAGUAAAAUAGAGUUUAAAAUUUGUCUGAAUAAACAAAGGUUUACGAAUACACAGAGCAAUAAUUUAAACAAAGUAGUUUUUUAAAUAAAUAUUUAGUUCUAUCAAACUCAUUAUUAAUAAUUAACAUAACUUUUGACGUCACCUUAUUAAAAAAAAAGUGAUUCAUUUUAGACGGUUUUUAUGUACACAGCUGAUAAAUUUGUAUUUAUUUAUCAUAUCGUCGGUUGUCAAGAAGAGUCACAUAAUCCAAAAAAGAUCAUUUUGAGAUAAACAUGUUUUAAAAUUUUAUUUAAUUAUUUUAGCUUAUUAUUUUUAUUUGUAUAAAUGAAAUGAUUUACUUCUUUCAGUAUAUUGAUGUAUACCUUUUAAGUAAAUAUUCAUUAAUAUUAUUGUCUAUGAUGUUGAUAAUUUAGUGGUAAAAACUGGGAAAUUUAAAACCCCCUUUUGAGAUGUGACAUUAUUCUAGAUAAAUAGUAUUAAAAUAGUACUCUUUUAUUUCACUUUUCAGCAUAAAAAAAUAGGAAAAUAAAUAAAACAACAAAUACAACUUUAAUAAAUCUGGUUCUAUUUGGAAAUAGUAAACAAACCUAUCAUCUACAUUAGAAAAGUUGAUGAGCUAACAAAGACAUUAACUUUUAACAUAAUACUUUAGUCAUAAAAAAAAAAUAAACAAAAAUUUAAGUCUUAAAAGACUAUUAUAAUGACUCAAAGAAAGUUGCAUAAUAUUUUGGAAUGUAAUUUCCUCUCACCAGAUCAAUCAAAUCUUUUUUUUUUAUUUUCAGAGAUUCCUGGUUUAUUGGAAAAAGCUUUUUUUAACUGGGUUAAUUGAACGUUUGCUAUUUCGCGAUAUUACUUUAGCUUCUUUAAAUCCAUCCGUGUAUGAUGUUUUAUAAAAUAAUGAGUUAGGCGAGCAUUUCUCAAAUUUAAUCACUUUUAUGUCCGACACUUUAACUACAUUGUUAUCUACAUCUUUGGACAAAUUAAAUCUUAACUGAGCAUUUAUGUCUUUUUUAUCCAAAAAAUCGUCGAAUGACAUUUCAAUCGCUCUAUAUGGUGGACCUUUUUUCUUUGCGGCUCUUAUAGCACUUAUAAACGAGUCAGGAGUAUACAAGGGUGAACUUUUUAAUUGUUUUUUAAGAUAUUCUUCAAUUAUUGUGGAAUGAACAGAGUCACCCUCGUUUUGAGUAUGCCCUUUAAUUAAAUAUUUAUGAGUGAUUGAUUUGAUGUUUAAACUGCGUACAAAUACAAACUAAGCAUAAACUUAUUUUUUUGUUGCCCAGGGCAAUUAUCAGAAUAAAAAAUUAACUCCGUUUCACCGUCAUUAUCAGAAACUUCCUGAAUAUAUCUGUAAAUGCAAGUUCCUAGCUCAUUGAUCCCUCUGUUACCUAAACCCACAUGCCAUACAUAACAAUCUGCAGUUUUGUUAAUAAGAUCGUAAAUACUAAAAUUAAAGACGUUUAAUUUAGAUUUGUAGUAGAAAAUUGAUGCUUUUCCUUUAGGACAUUGAAAAACUGCUUCUAAAUCAUACACUGCAAGUUUAACAUUGGGCGUUUUAGCAAACCUCUCCUUAUCAGAAUUCUUUUCUGCACGUGCUAAAUCCUUUUCUAUUAAAUGCGUUUCAUACUUGGUCUUCUUGGUUUCCUUUUCUUCGGAAUCUGCAUUGGAAUAUGCCACACAUAAUUCGCACUGGUCAUUUCUGAGAGUGUAGUUGAAAAUGUUAAAUUCCUUGGUGAAAAUCCGAUAAAAGAAAAGGUAAUUACAAUAUGGAGAGUUUUUUGCUUUGCAAUGUGCCGCAUAGUCUCUGUGAAUAUCUGCGAUAAAUUUAUUUCCUUCUAUGUAAUGUCUGCUUGAUUCUGAAGGCCUAUAAUGGCUUUCUACCUUUGGAAUAUUUGGGAUAAAACUUUUUAUUUCAUCCCUCAUUUCUUUACUUUUUCGAGCGUGAUGGCCAUGUUUUCCAUUUUGGUCUUCUUGUAGAAUGUCAUUCAUAAAUUUAUCCUUUUUAGCUAAGACAGUCCUUAUUGGUCUGUCAUUUAUAUCCAAGGUAUUUUUAAAAAAUAUUUUGCAUACACGAGUUCUUUGUCCCCUUAACAUAAAAUAAUAAGCAUUAUUUAAGUUUCUUCUACUGUUUUCAGUGGUAUAUCGAUAUUUAGGUUUAAUUGGUUCUACGGAAGAGGCAAUGAAAUAUCGUUGUUUUUCUAAGCUUCCUAACUUCCAAUAUGUACUAAAUAUUUCUAGGCGAUCUUCUUCUGAAAUUUUCGUUUUGCAUUUCAGUUUACAUUUUUCGCUACAUGUGGCUUUAAGUUUGCGAGGCUUAGCUAUUUUUUUUGUCCGGCAAUUUUUGAAUAUAAUUUUGCCCGGUAUUUCUUAAACGUUUUGCCACAUUUUUUUUCCAGCUGGGCAUAUCACAUACUCUUUUUCUUCCCUUUUUUUUCUUUCUUUUCUUCCUCUUCAUUACCGUCAAUGGGGACUCCGGCCUGUGAUGAUGCAUUUACUUCCCCAUCAGACUGGUCUUCACUCUCAGAAGAAUGACUGACGUGUUGUGGGUUAAAUAAAGGAUCAUUAAUAGGAUCUUCGCAAUCUGAAAAUAUAUAAUUUUCAUAAACUGAUGUAUCUAAAAUAUAAUGCUCAAAUUAUAUUUAGUAGAUAGCUAACUUAGAUUUCUUACCUUCAUCUGAUGACUCGGAAUCUGAACUAGAAGAUGAGGAUGAGCUGCUAGAACUUGAGUCAGAAUUAAAACUCAAUGUAGCUGAUGGAGACUUCAGACUGAUAGGGUUCUAUUUCUAUGACCUCAAUAGCUCUGGUUUUUUCGGAAUUACUUUCAGUUAAAAGUUCGCCCGUCGGCGUCGACCUGGAGUUUUUUAAAGGUAUCUCUGUAGAAAUUAAGUUUGGAGCGUCUUCAGAUCUGGCUGUAAGUAAAAUAACUUUUUGGAUAUAUUUGCAUACAAUUACAAAUAAUUGAAAUUGCUUUUUUAACACAUUUUAUAUGUCUAAAUUAUUUGAACAUCUUGUACAACUUACUGAAAAUACUACCUAGUAAAUACUACCUACCUACCUACUUAUUUUAAUUAACUUACAUGAAUUAUCCAAAUCUACCUCUGUACUAUUGAUUGCCAUUCCUACUAACAUCCUUCCACGGCUUGUCAUUUUGUCUGCUAAAUCACUGCCUGAAAUGUGAUUGUGUUUUUUUUUUAAAUGUCUCUGGUCUAAUCAAAAGGCUUUUGUUAAAUGCCAUUUAAAAUCAAAAUAAGUAGACUUCAACCAAUUCAUUUACAACAAUAGUCAAAAAAGCUAAAUAUUUACAAAUUAAUUUUACUUGAAUAAAGUCACAUGUCAAAACAUGUCUCAUUGUUUUUUAAUUGAUUUACUAGAAUACCGUCACAACUCAAACUAAUGCAUUCUUUCACAAAAAUAAUUAAAAAUAUUAUACUUACGUUGUUCAAGAAUAAUGGCACUAUACGAAUUAACACACUCUUCUAGAAAACUAACAUUUUAAGUAGAAUAUAUAUUUUGUUCAAAAGUGACACAUUUCAAAAUAAUACUCUAUUGCAGAAAAAAAUUAACAUCAAAACAGUCUUAAGUCGAAAUGUGACGUUCUCGCUGAAAAAAUGCGUCUCAUCUCCUCUUAGCCUGCCACAACGCAACUAAAGAUGUGUCAAUAUUAAAGAAAACCGAUUUUCCAAAUGUCAAAAAUAGAUGAACGUCACGCGCGAUCUCGCGCCAAUCAUUGAUAGUUUAAUUGUGACACUCUACCAGAUAAAAAGUACAUUGAAUUUAAGAAUAAGGUUACAAAUAUCUCAAAAAGUGGGAUUUUUAACUUGUGUCACUCUUCUCGAAAACCGACGAUAUAAUGUAGAUUAUUCUGGACACACCUGAGCUUUCUUGAUUAAAAAAAAUAAACAAAGCGUCACCGAAAUGCAUUUAAUUAAAUACCAAACGGCGCUUUCUAUUAUAAAUAAGUUUGAGCGAUCUUAGGCUAAAUUUGUUGCUGUGAUAACCCUUAUAUAAAAAAUAACCCUUUGUCGAGUGACGCUUUUGGUCUCUGUAUUAUUUGGUUAUUGAAGUUUUUGUUUUAUUUAUUUAUUUUUUUUUUGUAUAAAUUUUGUCCCGGAAAAAUGCGAAAAUAGUCGUUAUAUUUUUUAUAUUUGUACUUUGAACGUACCAAUCGAAUAAAAGCAAUUUUCAGUUAA